CUCAUUGGCUGGAGCAGCUGCUUGCUGGGACCUGCUCAGCCUAUCAGGACUCCAGAUGAGUGCUCACAGCGGCCGGGCGAAGCUGCACUGUCCCUCGCUCUCCCAAGAAAGGAAAAGGAAGCCAAACAAACAGGAGCGUCCAUUCUGCCAUCCUGCAUCAGAGCAUGGGCCUGAGAGCCAGGGCCCCUCAGCGCUGGAGGGGAAGCCAGCAGGUUCCUGAUGGAUCCUCCCUUGAUUCUGUGAUGGGAUGUGCUGCUGUGUCACAGGAAGACCUCUCUGCUGCCUGACAAAAGCUCUCCAUCGAAGUGUCACUAAGCACAGCACGGGGUCCAUGCUGAUUGAGCAGGAGCUGAGCAGCCAGAGCGCUCCCACGCACCUGAGAUUGGACAUGGACGGGGCCUUGUAUGGGACUUAUGGCGACGGCCCCCAGGGCAGAGAUCAGCCUUUUGCUCCCGCCUCCAGCAGCACCCUCAUGCAGGAGCAGGGUGACCGCCCCGCGGCCUGCCUGCUGGAGCUUCCGCAGACCCCAUCGGGAUCUCCGGCAACGGAGCCCCCUACUCGCUGGACACACCUCACAGAGUUCGAGCUGAAGGGUCUGAAGGCCUUGGUGGAGAAGCUGGAGUCCCUUCCAGAUGGGGGGCGGCACCUUGCCCCAGACCCCGAGGACUCGCAGGCCCUGCUGGAAGGCAUGACGAUGGUGCUGAAGGAGCAUGUGGAUGAUGGCUCUACCUUGGCCCCCGCCGGCAUCCCCCCCAUGGGUUGGCCCGGCAAGCCACUAAAGCAGCAGCGGCCGGCCAAUCGGCCCAAGCCACCCAAAGUGGGCGUGUCAGGCACGGUCAAGCUGGCGGCAAGUCGGGGGCCGGCGGGGGCGCGGCGGCGCAGGACUCGGUGCCGCCGCUGCGAGGCCUGUCUGCGCACCGAGUGCGGCGAGUGUCACUUCUGCAAGGACAUGAAGAAGUUUGGUGGCCCGGGCCGCAUGAAGCAGUCCUGCAUCAUGAGGCAGUGCAUUGCACCCGUGCUACCCCACACCGCUGUGUGUCUGCUUUGCGGGGAGGCUGGCAAAGAGGACACGCUGGAUGAAGAAGAGGACAAGUUCAGUGUGAUGCUCAUGGAGUGCUCCAUCUGCAAUGAGAUUGUGCACCCCGCCUGCCUAGAGGUCAAAGAUGCCGGCGGCGUGGUCAAUGAUGAGCUUCCCAACUGCUGGGAGUGUCCCAAGUGCAACCAUGCUGGCAAGACUGGGAAAGCUUGCAAGCAAAAAAGAGGACCAGGGUUCAAAUACGCGUCCAACCUGCCGGGCUCCCUGCUAAAGGAGCAGCGGCCGGGCCGGGACCCCAGGGAGGAGGGAGACGUGGCUACCCCUGCUGUCACCGUAGCGACUGUCGCUAGGAGGCAGCUCGAGGAGACACCCAGGCACAGACUUGAGGAGCAAGUUGCAAAGAAGCGGCCUGCGGUGUCCCCUGCAGACGGCCAGGUGUGGCCCAGACCAGACGAUGACGUAUUGCAGAAGAAGCGCAAGCUGACCAACGACGACGACACCCCUGACCCCGACAGUGGGAAUAAGAGGAAGUCUCCAAGGCCUGACCAGCUGCUCGCCAGCAUCAUCAAGAGAGAGCAGGACGAGGACGGAGGGAGCAGGGAGUCGGGGCGCCAGUGGAACUACGGGGAGGAGGAAGAGGAGGAGGAGGAGGAGAGGGAACAAGAGGCACAAGAAGGGACACGCCACACGGAGGAAGCUGAGGAGGAGGAACAGGAGGCAAGGCAAGGGGCUCGCCACAUGGAGGAGGCCCAGGAGGAGGAGGAGAGAGGCGGAGUGCUCCGGAUGCCCUCAUGCGAAAGCGAUCUAUCACGCUGCAACUCCCCGAGGGCGGGGCCCAGUGGUGAGGGUGGCCUAGAGCUCCAGGACAAGGCACGGGUGCGAGCACGAGUCAGGAGGCCAGUGCGGCUGCCCUGCAGGGAGCUGAGCAGGGAGCUGAGCAAGGAGCUCAACCAGGAGAUCCAGAAGACGGAGGACUGCCUGGCUAAUGAGAGCCGGCAGCCAGUCAAGGCAGAGCCUGAUAGCGAGACCGACGAGCCCAAGCGGGUGGUUAGCAUGGCUGCCAUGGAGUUGGCUGGAGACUGGCUCCGCUCUUGUGACCGUGAGACCAACGGCACCCCCCUACGGGAGCCCUCCAUGCAGCCCACAGCUGGGGCAGGCCGGCGCCCCUUAGGGGUGCAGAUGGAACGGCACGUCAUCCGGCCACCCCCCAUCAGCCCCCCCCCAGACCGGCUGCCACUGGCAGAUGGAUACGCCCACAUGCUACGCCGUGAGCUCUGGAUGACAGUCUUCAACCACCUGAGCCACCAGCAGCUAUGCGUGUGCAUGCGCGUCUGCAAAACCUGGAACCGCUGGUGCUGUGACAAGCGUCUGUGGACCCAGAUAGAUCUGAAGCGCAGCAAGUCCAUCACCCCGCUGAUGCUGAGCGGGAUCAUCCGCAGGCAGCCUGUCUCUCUGGACCUGAGCUGGACCAACAUCUCCAAGAAGCAGCUGAGCUGGCUCAUCAACAGGCUCCCUGGUCUCCGGGUCCUGCUUCUGUCAGGCUGCUCCUGGGUAGCUGUUUCUGCCCUCUGCACCUCCAGCUGCCCCCUUCUGCGCACCCUGGAUGUGCAGUGGGUGGAGGGACUGAAGGACGCCCAGAUGAGAGACCUGCUAUCACCCCCUACUGACAACAGGCCAGGUCAGCUGGAUGGCCGCAGCAAGCUGAGGAACGUGACAGACCUGCGGCUGGCGGGCUUGGACAUCACAGACGCCUCGCUUCGCCUCAUCAUGCGCCACAUGCCGCUGCUGGCCCGGCUGGACGUCAGCUACUGCAACCACAUGUCGGACCAGUCGGUGAACAUCCUGACGGCAGCAGGCUCCACCACGCGGGACUCCCUCACUCAGAUUAACCUGUCAGUCUGUAACAGGGUCACAGACCAGUCGCUGAGCUACUUCAAGCGCUGUGGGAGUAUCUGCCGCAUCGACCUGCGCUUCUGCAAGCAGGUGACGCGGGAGGGCUGCCAGCACUUCGCAGCAGAGAUGUCGGUCAGUGUGCAGUUCAGCCUUCUGGAGGACAAGCUGCUGCAGAAACUCAGCUAGCGGGUGCUGGGGCGACACUGGGGACAGAGACUGAGUGCGGGGGCAUAUAUAUGUGAAAGACAGGGAGAAGGGCAUCGGGAUAGGGUGAUGUGGCACCAGGCCGGGGGCUGCAUGGUGGGGCGGGGGGCCACGGGAGUCUGUGAGCCACCCAGCGUCCCCCACAUACUCAGAUGGGUUGGAUGCUCUGGGGGCAGGACAACAGGGUUCAAGAAGGGGGGGCUGUUAGGAAAAGGGCGGCUCUGAGGUGUGUAAAACAAGCAUGCUUCUCCGUUUUGUACUGGUGACAUUACGUCGACAUUUUAAGUUGUCAAUUUGUGUUUAGAUGCAAAAGACUGCAGUCGCUGUACUUUCUUUUUUAUGCAGUUUAUUGAUGUUUUUUUUUUUCUUUUUACGAUGAAAAUCUCAUGCAUCUCACAGAAAUACAUAUUUUUGUACAGAAAGUGUCUCCAUGUCUGCUCUGCUGUUUCCUCCAGCUGACUUACACCCCCACUGCAGAAACCUGCCCAUAUCAUGCUGUUCAGGUGAAGGUGUCCAUAUAAUAAUUUAUGCUGUGCUGUCCUAUCUGUUUUCAAACUGCCAGAACAGGGACUCUCCUUUUUAUUGUGACCAAAUAUUCUCUUUUGUUGUGUUUAUACUUGCGAAGUCUAGAAAGAAACCUAUUUGCACUGUUUGACUUGAAUAAACAUAGAUAUUUUUUCCAAA